UACAUAAUUUCGGUAAUUUUAUGUUUUUUUCGCUUGGAAAUAAUACUAAACAAACUGAAUCAUUUUGGUGGCGAAUAUGCAUAGCCUUAAGCAGGAUGGUGCGCCUCGUCUCUGGUUGGAUACGGCGGCAUCAUGUUUUAUUGGGGCUUCUCCAUGUGCUGAUAUUUGUAGCCACGACUGUGGUGGACUACAAGCUGACCAGCGAUCUGUCCUACUGGAAGAAGAGAGCCACAACCUUGCUGACUGAGGAACCAACCAACCUGCUGCCAAUGCUGAUGGCCACCAAGCUUACGGGACUGCUUUACAUGGCAUUCCGGUAUCUGUUGAUCCAUGAGUGGGUCAUCGGGGUGUUGGAGCGGAGGGAGCGUCGUCGCUUUGCCAACUUCAUUGUGCGCCGCCUGGUGAUGCAGCUGGACCAGGCCAGUGAGCGGCUGCCCAAGUCGGGCAAGCUCUCAGAUCCGCUCACCCAACAGAGCUACGUGGAGGCACGAACUGCACAAUACAGGGCCAUCGAUCUCUUUCGGCGCGAUGCCAAUGCGCUUCUGGUACAACGCAACCCGACCGAUGUCGAUCCGCACUUCUUUGUGCUGCCGGAGGAGGAGGAACUGCUGGCCAGCGCAGGCUACUCCAGCAUCGAUCUUAAGGUCACGGAACACGUGCUGCAAGAUCUGAUCACGCCUCUGGACGUAGGCAGGAUUAAGCGUCCAUGGAAGCAGAAAUUUUAGUGGAAAUAAUAGGAAAAUUAUUGUUGUUUAUUUUUGUACUUUGAAACC